AUGACGCUUUGGGGAAGCGACACAGUACGGGACACGGCAGAGUCGGUCGGUGUCCUCACCCUCAACAAGGAUGUCACAGCUGCACUGGCGCGCGAUGUCGAAUUCCGGUUAGCACUGGUGGUGGAAGAAGCGUUGAAAUUCAUGCGGAAAUCGAAACGGACAGUGCUGUGGACACAAGAUAUCAGCUACGCGCUGCGAGUGCUUGACAUCGAGCCACUCUACGGCUACGAGUCAACGCGCAUCCUCAAGUAUGGCGAAGCCUCCCUCGGCCCCGGCCAACCGCUCUACUAUGUCGACGAUGAAGAAGCCGAUCUGGAAAAGCUGAUCAACGCUCCGCUCCCCAAAGUUCCGCGCGAAAUCUCCUUUACGGCACACUGGCUCGCCAUCGAAGGCGUACAGCCAUCAAUACCGCAAAAUCCCACUACCUCCGAGACCCGGGGCGUCGAACUGCUCCCUAAAGCCUCCUCCGCCGCCACCUCGAACAUCAACCCCGCGUUGGCAGCCAUGGCCGGGCUGGAAUCGCACUCCGCCACCACAGCCAGCAAGCCACUAGUAAAACAUCACCUCAGCCAAGAGCUAAUCCUCUACUUCGAGCGCGUCACUACCUCCGCACUCUCUGAAGAUCAACCAGAGCUGCGCACGGCCGCACUCGCCUCGCUUCGGGAAGACCCCGGUCUGUCGCAACUCCUGCCCUAUUUCGUGCACUACACCGCCGACAAAGUCACGCACUCCUUGUCCCACGUCUUCACGCUGGACACGAUCCUUAGAAUGCUCGACUCCCUCUCCCACAACACUCACCUCAACCUCGCGCCCUACAUCACCUCUGUCGUGCCUGUGGUCCUCACUUGCUUGACAGGCCGGCAUAUCGGGCCUGAACCCACCGCCACAACGACUGCAACAGCAACAGCAGCAGUCUACAACCUCCGCUCCCUUGCAUCAACUCUGCUCUCUCACCUCACGAAAAAGUACUCUCGUAGCGCACACAACCUCAAGCCGCGCCUUGCACGGUCUUGUGUGAAAGUGUUCCUCGACCCCAAGAAAACGCUUGGUGCGCACUACGGCGCGAUCUUGGGCUUGAGCGCGAUUGGGGGUGCUGAGGUGGUAAGGAAGUUGGUCGUGCCUAACCUGAAGGCGUAUGGAGAAUUGCUCUCCGAGAUCUCAGAGUCCUCUGAUGAAGUCCCAGGUCGGGGCGAGGCGGAUGUCAGGUGGGUCUUGCGCGCUAUCGUACAUGCGUUGGCGACGUUGGUUGAGGAUGAUUCUGCGGAGAUCAACGGAGUGAACGGUACCAGUGUCGGCGAAAGUGCAGUCAAUGGCGUAGUCAACGGCAUCAAUGGCUAUGAUGAAGAUCACGCCAUGACUAACGGCGAUUCCGACGACAGCAACGAUGAGCUGAAGGGGAAGCUAAGCGAAAAGAUAGGCGACUUCCUAGCAGGCAAGAUCCUAGAGAACGGCUCGAAAAAGGGCAAGGAGAUCGCGAGGGUGCUCUGUGAUGAUGAGGCGCUGUUUGAGGACCUGUAG